GUGUGUGCGAAUGUGUGUGUGCUGUGUGUGUGUGUGUGUUCAGCUCACAGCUGUUCAAGCCGCCAACGAGAAUAGCAACAACACUUCGUAGCCAAAAUAUUAUAGUUUUCAUUGAUAUUUAAAAUGUCUAUGUAUGCAUGCAUGCAUGCAUGUAGACUUUGCAGUUAAACAAAAGCGACGAAAGCCCUGAUGAAAUAGUGACCAAUCAGUCACACAACCGAACAAAUAUUAAACCGGAGUAGACUAUAAAGAGAGCGGCAAAAAUAAGGAAGGAAGCAUGUAUUGGACUGCUCGAUCACUGCGCGAAAUCGGGAGUGUUUGGGUUCCACAUUUUUCGACAGUCGCAUAAAUAAUAACACAAAUUAGUUAACAUCAGUAUGACGGCACCAAAGCAAAACGAACAAAUUGCGUGCUUAUCUAAACAUUAGCAAAACUGUUCAUAGAGUGAACCUGUGUAAACCAACCUAUUUAUUGGUUGUGUGCUUGUUGUAAAUAAUUAAUUUCGUGAGGCGCUCGGGUUUCCGUGUAACAUUUAUGUUUUUGUAAGCCAAGUUACGAUUGUGAUCUGGCUGGCCAGAGGCGCUGGGGGGAGGGAAUUUUGGACUCACUUGAAAAAAGUUGAGACUCGUUCUGUGAGUGUCAAAGAACCAAAAAAGUUGGAGUUGUGGCUGUAGAAGGAUUGGACGAGAUAAGACAAAAUGGCAAAAGUCACUAACUGGGAUAAAUUUGUGCUGUUACUUUGGAAAAAUUGGUUGCUCCAAUGGAAUCACAAAUGGCAAUUGGUCAUCGAGCUGAUGCUGCCGGCAGUAUUCUCCUUGCUGCUGGUGCUGGUUCGCACCCUCGUGGUGGCAGAACCGAAGGAUAUAACGGAAUAUAAAUCAUAUGAUUUAAACACAUUGAAAGUUUUCAACGAUGCAAUGCAUAAUUCGCGUCGCAUGCACGUGCUCAUUUCCCUGCUAGUACCAAAGAGUAAGAGUGAGGCAAUGUCUACGUUCAACAAGGUCGGAAUGCCAGUUUAUGAGCUGUAUUACACACCCAAAACUGACGUGCUGGACAAGCUGAUGGGUGAUGCGGCAAGCAGUUUAAACAUGACCUGGAUUGGCGUCGAUACUGCUGCUGAUCUCGAAAACGAUGUAGCGACCAAGAGAGGGUUUGCUGGUGUCAUAUUUGAUCAAUCAAUGGCCGGCAACGUGCUGUCAGAUAGUUUGAAAUACACGUUGCGCUUUCCCUCCGAACUGCGGACCACAUCGUUCAAUAUUGGCCUCACGUGGCUGACGAUGCGAUUAUUUCCAAUGAUCGAUUUAACGGGUCCACGCAACUUAGAAGAUGGCGAUGGCGGCAUUCCUGUGGGCUAUCUGCGCGAAGGCUUCCUGCCCGUGCAAAAUGCCAUAAGCAUGGCCUAUAUUCGACAAAAAUCGAAUAUGGAUGUAAUACCCGAGGUUGUAAUGCAGCGAUAUCCGUAUCCGGCCUUCACAUUCGAUCCACUGCUUCAAGGUCUUUCCAGUUUAAUGUCAUUGAUAAUACUGCUGAGCUUCAUCUAUCCCUGUACCUACAUUACUAAGUACGUGACCAGUGAGAAGGAGAAGCAGCUGAAGGAGGUGAUGAAAAUAAUGGGAAUGGACAACUGGUUGCACUGGAGCGCCUGGUUUGUCAAAUCAUUCAUCAUGCUGACCAUAUCGGCUAUUUUGAUAGCUAUUUUGAUGAAGAUUCGGUGGAGCCACGAUGUCGCUGUUCUAACUUAUGCUGACUUUUCAGCACUACUCUUCUUUCUAAUCGUGUAUAUAAUGGCUAGCAUCUGCUUCUGCUUCAUGAUGGCCACACUGUUCUCCAAGGCCAGCACAGCGGCUGCCGUGACCGGCCUGAUCUGGUUCAUUGCAUACAUCCCAUUCUCAUUUACGAUAAAUACAUACCAAUCGCUAUCUCUGUCAACCAAGUUGGGAUGGAGUCUGCUAUCGAAUUCGGCGAUGGGAUUUGCCAUCAGGCUAAUACUGGGAUUCGAGGGAACGGGAGAGGGACUACAGUGGAGUAACAUGUUUACACCGGUCAAUGUUGAUGAUACCUUAACAAUGGGUUACAUUAUAAUUGUGAUGUUGAUCUCCUGCGUACUUUAUAUGCUCAUCUGUUUGUAUGUGGAACAAAUUUUUCCGGGCGACUAUGGUGUGCCACGUAAAUGGAAUUUCCCCUUUACACGCCAGUUCUGGUGUGGUCAGAAACACUAUAUGGGCGUCGAGGAUAGGCCCAGUGAUGGAUUAGAAAAUCGUGAUCCUAACGCUUUCGAAACUGAGCCGGACGACAAACACAUUGGCCUGCAGCUGAGAAAUCUCAAGAAGAAAUUUGGAGACAAAAUGGUUGUGAAGGGCCUUUCGCUCAACAUGUUUGAGGAUGAGAUAACCGUACUGCUUGGGCACAAUGGAGCUGGAAAAACCACCACCAUAUCCAUGCUGACGGGCAUGUUCCCACCCACAUCCGGUACGGCGAUUAUCAAUGGCAGUGAUAUAACCAGCAAUAUCCAAGGGGCACGAAUGUCUCUGGGCAUUUGCCCACAGCACAAUGUGCUCUUCGAUGAGAUGAGCGUGUCCAAUCACUUGCGAUUCUUCAGUCGCUUGAAGGGAUUGAAGGGCAGGGCGGUGGAAAACGAGGUGGAUAAGUAUCUUAAAAUGAUUGAACUGGAGAACAAGGCCAAUGCCCCAUCGUCCACAUUGUCUGGUGGCAUGAAGCGCAAACUGUCCGUCUGCUGUGCCCUUUGCGGUGAUACCAAGGUUGUGCUUUGUGACGAGCCCAGCUCUGGCAUGGAUCCAUCCGCCCGGCGACAGCUAUGGGACCUGCUGCAACAGGAAAAGAUUGGCCGCACCCUACUGCUCACCACACAUUUUAUGGACGAAGCUGAUGUACUCGGUGAUCGCAUUGCCAUCAUGUGCGAUGGCGAGCUUAAAUGUCAUGGUACAUCCUUUUUCUUAAAGAAACAAUACGGCUCUGGCUAUCGACUAAUCUGUGUCAAGAAAGAGGAUUGCAAGCCAGAGGAAGUGACGGAACUGCUUAAUAAGUAUAUAUCAGAACUGGAGCCGGAAAGUGAUAUUGGUACAGAGCUCACGUACCAGCUGCCCGACAAGUAUUCCGAGAAAUUUGAGGAGAUGUUUAGCGAACUGGAGGAGCGCUCCAGCGAGCUGCAUCUGAAUGGCUAUGGUGUCGGCAUCACUUCAAUGGAGGAGGUUUUCAUGAAGGUGGGUGCCGAGAAGUUACCUGAUGGCAAUAAUAUGGAUUUAAAGAACAGGCUAAAGGGCAGCACUGGCUAUGAAGAUGACAGCGAAUCAAUACAAUCGGAUGGCGUCUUCUCGGACAACCGUCGACCGCUGCAAGGGAUGAAGCUUUCGCUUAACCAAUGGCGCGCCAUGAUGCUCAAGAAGAUACUCUACACGUGGCGCAACAAGCUGCUCCUCGUCAUACAGAACGUUAUGCCCAUAUUCUUUGUAAUUAUCACAGUGCUUAUAACACGCACCCAGGGCACAUUCCGUGAGUUGCCUUCCAUUACGAUUGAAUUGCCACAGUAUCCCAUUGGGACCACUGUAAUGGAGCGCAAUGACACUGCGUGUGACUCGCUAUGCAAUCAGAUUGCUGAUCAGUACGAGGAGUUGGCAACGUCAUAUGGCUCGGAAUAUACAUACGAGAGCACAGGCACUAAAACAUUCACCGAUUACAUCCUUGAUCUGGGCAAGACGAUACAGGUGCGGAUCAACUCACGCUAUUUGGCAGCGGCCACCGUUAGCAAUGAUAAAAUUACCGCCUGGCUCAAUAACCAACCGUUGCAUACGGCACCCCUCACCGUUAAUAUGGUGCACAAUGCGAUCGCUCGGGUACUGUGUGAAAAUAAUACGGAAAUCAGUGUAUCAAAUUGGCCACUGCCAUAUACCACAGAGACCCUACUGACUCAGCUGAAUGUUGGCAACAAUCUGGGCACACAGCUGGCGACCAAUUUGUGCUUCUGCAUGUGCUUCGUUAGCGCCAUCUAUAUACUGUUCCUGAUCAAGGAGCGUGAGUCGCGCGCCAAGCUGCUGCAGUUCGUAAGCGGGGUUAAGGUGUGCACAUUUUGGUUAUCACAGUACAUCUGGGACUUGGCCACCUAUGCGGUAACCGCAGUGAUUGUUGUCGUGACAAUUGCCUGUUUUCAGGAGGCGGGCCUUAGUCGCUUUUCUGAGCUUAUUCGGUACUUAUUUUUGCUGCUGAUCUUUGGCUGCUCCGUGCUGCCAUUUACAUACAUUGUGGCGGUAUUCUUUAAGGAGCCGGCGACAGGCUUUGCCCGUAUAUCCAUUAUAAAUAUAUUUGCCGGCAUGGCCUUGUUCAUUGUCGUCGUUGUCAUGUCCUUCGAGUUCUUCAACACACAGGAUACGGCUCAAUUGCUCUCCUGGAUAUUCCGCAUCUUUCCACACUUUUCGCUGGCCAUGGGUCUAAACAAGGCAUACAUCAAUGUGGCCACGCGUAGUGCCUGCGACAAAUUCAGUGGCCUGCCGCCCAUCUUAGUCUGCGAACUGGUGCCCAAAUGUUGCAACUUAAAGAGUUACUUUGCCUGGGAAGCGCCCGGCGUUCUGCCAGAAGUUGUCUACAUGAUUGUCACUGCCAUUGUAUUUUUCCUUAUAAUCAUAUUAAGUGAAUACGGCGUAGUUGGUGAACUCAUGUAUCUGAUACACAGGCGCGCCGUUAAACCACCACCGCCUGUUGAGGCACUCGAUGAUGAUGUGGAAAGCGAACGCGAACGUAUUCUACAAAUGGAUUCCGCAACUUUGUCCACCAAGAACCUAGUUCUGGAUCGCGUUACAAAGUAUUAUGGCGAUUUCGUCGCCGUCAAUCAAGUGUCACUUUGCGUCAACGAAACCGAAUGCUUUGGUCUGUUGGGUGUUAACGGUGCUGGCAAGACAACUACGUUUAAAAUGAUGACCGGAGAUGAGCGCAUCACUUCGGGUUCCGCAUAUGUACAGGGUCUAAAUUUGCAGAUGGAAAUGAAUAAUAUAUAUGAAAAGAUUGGCUACUGUCCGCAGUUCGAUGCGCUUCUAGACGAUCUAACCGGUCGUGAAGUGCUUAAGAUUUUCUGCCUGCUACGCGGUGUGCAACCGUCACGCAUUAAACAGCUGUCCGAGGACUUGGCCAAGUCAUUUGGCUUUAUGAAACAUUUAGACAAACAGACGCAUGCCUACAGCGGUGGUAAUAAGCGCAAAUUGAGUACGGCCAUUGCAGUGAUUGGCACGCCAUCUGUCAUUUAUUUGGAUGAGCCCACCACGGGCAUGGAUCCCGCAGCGCGACGACAGUUAUGGAAUAUUGUUUGUCGCAUUCGCGACUCGGGCAAGUCCAUUGUGCUAACAUCGCACAGCAUGGAGGAGUGCGAGGCGCUAUGCACACGUCUGGCCAUCAUGGUCAAUGGCGAGUUCAAGUGCAUUGGCUCAACGCAGCAUUUGAAGAACAAGUUCUCUAAGGGUCUCAUACUUAAAAUUAAAGUGAAACGCACUAAAGGUUUGCCAAGGCGGUCACUGCAUACUGAUAGCAGUAGAAUACGUGCCUCAAAUGGUUCAAUUACAUCUGAUAACAGUGCGGCACCCACGCCAAUUGCCUACUCGAACCACAGUCUUGCUUUUAAGGAUGCACAAAGCUCAGAUGAACAGUAUGCGGGCAACAACAAUGAUAUACGAUCAGCACGCAGCAGAUCCAUCAGCUUCAAUCGCAAUUCAGACGAGAUUACAGUAGCCAAUCAACUUGCACAGCAGGACAUCAAUAAAGUCAAGGAGUUUGUGAAUCUCGAAUUUCCGCAGUCAAUUUUACAGGAUGAGUACCAGGGUAUGUUGACCUUUUACAUUGCACUGCAUGGCGUCAAAUGGUCGCAAAUCUUUGGUCUUAUGGAGCGUAAUCGCCAUGAUCUGAAUGUGGAGGAUUACUCCAUCAGUCAGACGACAUUGGAAGAAAUAUUCUUAGAAUUCGCCAAGUAUCAACGCGAGGAUCCGCGCUCCAUGAAAGGCCGCAAAAAGUGCUACUGUUGCUGAGCAUCCAGACUUUCCCGGCUAUAUCAACCUUGGACCUACCUUACACUCCGACCACCGUACAUCGGUGCAUAAAUAGUAACCGGUUAUUAUUAAAUAAUUUUUUAAAUGUCAUUGAGCACAAAAACUUCAGUUCUUGAACGCAAAUAUUGACAAAGUAUUUUAAAAAGAUGGCUAGUAAACAUUUUAAAUGUCAAUACUUUGCUAUUUUGUGAUCUAAUCGUAGAUAAUAAAAUCAACAUUUUUUGUUUUUUUAAAGAAAGU